AUGGUCUCGUGGAUUUCCUUAAGAAGCAUUCGGUGCAGCAGAUUUCCUCCAUCCCAUUCCGUCCGUCUGACUCCCCACGGUCAACAGGAGUGCUCAUCCUGGGAUCAUUCCGCAAUCACCAUGGCCUCAGCUCCCAGCUUCCGUGGACAUCAGUGGACUUACAAUCCUGUCCAAGGGUCCUGCCUGCUCCUGCUGCUGGUCAUGUCAAAUCUGCUCCUGUGCCAAGGCAACUUAUGCCCGUCCUGCAGUCCUGACACCCCCCUGAGAUCCCUUACAGACCUGUUUAUGGAUGCUGCCUGGCUGUCCCACUACUUCCAUAACCUUUCCGCAAUAAUGUUCAAAGAGUUUGAUGAAAAAUAUGCCCAGGGCAAACAGUACCAUAUCAAUGCCACCAACAGCUGCCACACCGAUCCCCUCCAUGCUCCUGAAGAAAGAGAAGAAGCCCAGCAGAUGAACAAUGAAGACCUUAGUAAGUUGAUACUCAGCUUACUGUACAGCUGGAAUAAACCUCUGCAUCAUCUAGUCAAUGAGCUGCAGAGUUUGAAAGAAGUCUCACAGUCUAUCCUAUCAAGCACCAUAGAGAAUAAGAAAAUGUCAGAAAAACUUCAAGCAUUCAUGGAGAGUCAAUUCAAACUACAGAUUGUUGUUCCAGUCUUGCAGAAGCUGUUCAAGACUCACAUUACCUGGUCAGGACUCUCAUCCCUGACGUCCAGCGAUGAAGAUAAGUGUCUUACUGAAUUUUAUAAACUGUUCAAGUGCCUAAGCAGGGAUUCACGUAAAGUUGACAUUUACAUCAAGAUCCUGGCGUGCCGAAUGCGCAAAACGUGCUAA